AUGUCGAAAGUAUCAUCUCUAUUUCAAACAAUAUCUCAUCCAUCCGAAAUUAGUGCUCUUAUCCAAUUUAUAUUUUACAAGCCUAAAAAUAUACUUGAAAUUAAAUCAGAAAACAAACAAAAGAUACGUUGUUAUGAGUUUCUAGAUCAAACUUCUCGUGGUCCCCUUGAAAAAGAUCGUCAAUUACUCGUAGAAUUUGAUGUUGUGAUUGAUGAAUUUUUGUCUCUUAGAAAGGAGUUUCGUGAUAUCAUCGCUGACAUAACGAAUAAGAUGGGAAAUGGUAUGGCUGACUAUGUAAAAGAUGGUGCACACACAAAUGGG